AUGAACAGCUACGGAAAGAAGCUGAAGCAGAGGCCGAGCGUGAACGGACUGGCAUGGGAAGAACAAGAAGGAAAAUCACGAGAAGCCGAAGCUGGAAGUAGAUCGAUUGCGCAAAAGAGCGAGAGAACAACACAGACAGCUUCUGCGAACAUCGACCUCCCAUUCUACCUGCUUUGGCUGACACGAAAGCCACCAGUCUACGAGAAGCAAUUCACUUGGUUUAAAAAGAAUGAACUUCCUCGUGGCACCGGACUUGAUCCAAAAACGGGAUUGCCGGCGCCUUGGAAUCUCAUUUCAAGAGAUGCUUCAGAGCAAUUACUUGUGGGGAAACCAACCGGCUCAUUUCUUGUUCGAGUUUCCGAGCGCAUUUGGGGAUACACUGUGUCGUAUGUUGUUGGAAAUGAAUGUUUAUCCGAUACAAAAUAUGAGUUAACGGAGCGACAGGCUUGUCUUCAAAAGCAACUUACGUCAUUUCUCAGGGUUAUCUUUGAGAGCAAGCUGUGGCAACAAAACAAUGUGGUUAAGACUCAUGAUAGAUAUGCCCAAAGUCAUUAUUUCACUUUUGGUACAAAUCAAUCACAGGAGUUUCUUGAUGUUUUACAAUGGAAACAUCUUCGACCAUUAAUUUCUUCGAUGCUUUACAUUUUGGAUCAAGGAGAAUUGAAUCGAGAUUUGUUAUUGGAAGCACUGGAAAUGUGUUGU